AUGGAUUGUUCACUAGAGUAUCUAGCAGAUCUGGUGAAGGAGAAGAAGGAUCUGGAGAUGUUUGGAGAUAACUUCCAGCACGUUGACAGGUUGCUCAGCGAGGAGAUUUCACGGGUGCGGGGUGCACUGUUCCAGACGGAGUUCGUCACCGAGCCCUUUGACUUGCCAGAGCCUAUUGGAGACGUCGUUACAAUUACGGAGAAGAUUUAUGUACCUAAAAGGGAGUAUCCAGAUUACAAUUUCGUUGGACGGAUCCUGGGACCACGGGGUAUGACUGCAAAACAGCUAGAACAAGAAACUGGCUGCAAAAUAAUGGUCAGGGGCAAGGGAUCAAUGCGUGACAAACGAAAAGAAGAAGCUAAUCGAGGAAAGCCCAACUGGGAGCACCUUGACGACGAACUGCAUGUGCUUUUGCAGUGCGAAGACACCGAAAACAGGGCAAGGAUAAAACUGCGUUCGGCUAUGGACCAUGUUAAGAAACUCCUUGUUCCAGCGCCAGAAGGAACUGAUGAGCUUAAAAGAAAGCAACUAAUGGAAUUAGCCAUCAUUAAUGGAACUUACAGACCCUUCCAUAACUCAAAUAGAAUCAUCACUCCUGUACCACUGGUUUCUCCAAUCCGCGCUCCCAUAUUCGUUUCACCAACAAACAGCCCUAACAGUGUAAACGAAAACUUCGAAACGUUAGCGGGAAAUGAAGAUCAUUUAUCAUCCCCGUUAUCUACGCAUUUCUUCAGAAGCCUUCGAAUCCUGGAUAUGUCGGGACGAACUCACAGCAACCGCUUGACUACUCUUGAGUUUGAUAUGCCAAUUUCCCAUGAACGCAAGCUGUGUUAG